CAAUGCGACAAUUUAGUCGCUGAGUUCAGCUCAACGCUGAUGGUUUACAGUCCGAAAGCACAUAGCUAGUUAAGUAAAAAGCUGCGUUUCAAUAAACACAUAAAGCGCAGUUAUUUUUCCCGCAGUACCGUUGUGUUGUACGCUGUAAGUUUAAUUCGAUUCCUAAAAGUGAGGCAGCUGCACCUGUAGCCAUGCCAGUCGGUGUGUAGGCCAAUAGAAAACCAGUCAAAAAAUAAAGAAAAUAUAUAAGAAAAAUUGAAAAAAAGAAGCGGAAAGUAGACGAAAAGGAACCAAGCCGACUGCAAGGAAUUCUAACCGCGAGUCUCAGAGCUUUACCUGUUUCGUAGAUUGCCGCCCCCACGCCAGUACCAUGUCUCCCAAGGACGGCAGCCUGGGCAACCCCGAGUACGGCAAGUACACGGUGAACCAGACGCCCGAGAGUCCUCCGACCACAUCAGCGAAUACGCACACACAGACCGUCAGCCACGAGAAAAUUCCUUCAUCGAAUGAAAAUACGAAUGGUAAUGCGACAACGACGACCACGAAGCGUUCCUGGCGGGAGAAAAUCCGUCUGGUGGCCAACAACAUCACCGUGGAACCCAUCCUGGCCGCCUACAUCAUGCCCAGCGUUCUCUCCAACCUGGCCACUCAAAAUCUCAAUCUCGAGAAGGCCUGUCGGGUGAACAUGGCCUAUGGAGGUGAGGUGUGCGAUGCACUGACCCGCCGCCAAACUGCUAACUACACACUAGAGGAGGAAACCGUGCAACAGAUGGUGGCACGAAUGGCGGCCUGGAAAACGGUGAUCCAGUCGCUGUUCCCCUGCCUGCUGAUCCUCUUUUGGGGUUCCUGGAGCGACCGCCAUCGCCGUCGAAAGCCGUGCAUCCUGAUCCCAGUAGUGGGAGAAUUCCUAGGAGUAGUGGGGCUUAUGCUGUGCGUCUACUUCGAGAACGCGCCCAUGGAGGCCGCCGCUCUCACGGAGGCCAUCUUCCCGUCCCUCAGCGGCGGCUGGUUCACCAUGCUGAUGGGCGUCUUUAGCUACAUAGCGGACAUCACCACGGAGGAGGAACGCACCCUGCGGAUUGGCAUCCUCAACGUCUGCUUCUCGGUGGGCGUUCCCAUUGGCAUGGCCUUCUCCGGAGUGCUCCUCAAGCAAAUUGGAUUCUACGGUGUCUUUUCCAUUUCGGCCGCCUUCUACGUGAUCGCUUUUGUGUACGGAUUCUUUUUCCUGGAGGAACCGGUGGCUCGGCCAGAAAAGAGUGUGGAGCAAAAAAGCCUGCUGGCAGACUUUUUCGACAAGGAGCACGUGGUGCAAACGUUCCGUGUGGCGUUCCAAAAGGGCGAGAACCAGCGACGCAAGCGAGUGAUUUUGCUGAUGAUCGUGGUGAUGGUGAUAAUUGGACCACUUCACGGAGAGAUGGCUGUAACGUACCUGUUCACCCGGUUCCGCUUCAAUUGGUCGGAGGUAGAGUUCAGUUUCUUCUCCACCUAUGCGAUGUUCACCGGCUUGAUUGGAGUCAUCUUCUGCGUCGGCGUACUCUCCCAUAAGCUGAACAUCGACGACGCCCUGGUAGGUGUCCUCUCGAGCACCUCCAAGAUCCUCUCCUCGUUCGUAUAUGCCUUUGCCACCCUACCGUGGCACAUGUACCUUGGCGGCCUGGUGGAGAUCUUCAACGGUACUGCAUUCAUCGCUAUGCGCUCUAUCGCCACCAAGCUGGUCUCCAAGGACGAGCUGGGAAAGGUGAACUCCCUCUUCGGUGUCGCCGAGGCGCUAAUGCCGAUGGUCUUCGCCCCCAUGUACACCACCCUCUACGCGGCCACCCUCCGCGUUCUGCCCGGCGCCUUUUUCCUCCUCGGCGGUGGUCUUACCAUGUUCUCUGUGAUCAUCUUCCUAUGGAUGUACCGUUUCCAGUUGAAGCAGAGACGAAGACUAGCCCGAUCGGACGCGGAGCGGGCUUCCGUGAAGGAUCCGAAUGGCAACAUCAACGCCAUCGAAGCUUUGGCUCUGGCCAGCGAGGCCAAAGGUCAAAUGAACGGCAUCAUUGCCAAUGUGAUACACGAGUCUCUCGAGCAUGCCGAUUCUCCACGUACGACUAUCUCCGAGCCGGUCGAACGGGGAAUCGAGAACCUGGGAUUUAUUCAGGAGGAGCUCCAAGACACCAAGGCGGUGUAGGAAGGCAACUUUAUCCGGUCUCGUUUUAUGUACAUACUUAUACAACCACGUUUUCCCAGGGAUGAUGAAACAGGAAUAUCGUGCAAGGAUUCAAAAACUUAGAUAUCCUAGAUCUGUAAAACCCAUACGAGUUUGGGGUACUUUGCGAGAUCCUAGGUUGAAGUCAUCUGAUUUAAUUGAAAGCUAAAUUUAUUUCUUCAUAUUUUAAACCAGUUAAGAAAAGUAUUCGAAACAAAUGUUUCCAAAUAUCUAAAGAUCGCACUCAUCUUCCAUCACUCCAUGGACGCAUGGGUAACAAUUGUUUUAGUCUAAAGUCCUUUUUCCUAUCUACCUAAAAAAUAACAUGUACAAUUGCAAAUACACAUGCUUUUUUUUUUAUUUAGCUCUAAGUGAUUUUAUGUAUUUCCCAUUUUGUUGUAAUUUUUAUUAUAUACAACGUUUUUUUUGUUCGUACCUAUAAGAAAUAUUUAGAGGUAUUUAAUAAAUGUAACUGCGCCCGAAA